UGGAGGUGGGCUGUGUGCAGUAAACUGGAAUGCUCUCCCUCACUCCUCAGUGUAGGAGUGAUCCGAAGCAGGACAAGUUCUGCCUGCAGCUGCUGUUGGCUUUGUGUGCACUGGACGCGGAGCUUGGGAGAGGGGGAGGGUUAUCACUCCAGUUCACAGUGGAAUUACAGCUAUAGCGGCAGUAUAUAUGGGAUUGCUUUUUCUCGUCUUCCUGGAGAUGCUCAGACCCAAUAUAUUUUAAGGAAGAGAAAAGUAAAGGAAAUCUAGUAUGCUUCCUAUUUUUUCUCAUGAAGAAUAUCUGAAUUAAGUUUUACCUCUUAAAAAAGAAUACCUGUUCUUAUAUAACGUGACUGCGCCAGCUAUUCUGAGAAAGCAGCAAGAAGCAAAAGCUGGAAAUAGCUAUUUCACAGCAGGUAAUCAUACCUCAGGAUAUAGCUACUGUACAAAGUUUAUACUUGGAUAAUCCUGGACAGGAAUAAAGGUGGGGGGUAACUGAUGGAAAAACCUAUUACUAUACAGGCCUUAGCAUCAUGAAUGGCUUUCUUCAUGAGGAUCUGAAGUUACUAUCUCUGACCACAUUGCACAGAAGAGCCAAUAAGAAUUUUAAAGACAGCAAUUUCUACUAAGGGAAUUAAGCUACACAAAAGGAACCUUCACACAGAAACUCUAUCAGGAAAAAAAAAGUGCAUAGGAAGCCAUGUGUUCUACAUAGUAACAGGAAGCUGAAUUGUCUCUGGUCCCUACUUUAAUGAGCUUGCCUACCAUGCUGAACUGUAGCUGGAAUGUUCACUGACAACAGCGAGCCUGAUCUGGAGGUGUGUGCGGCAUAGGAUUACAUGAAUAAACAGUGAAGAACCAUUUCCAAGGACUGAACAAGAGUUUAUAAGUCCCAGUCCCUCAUCAGGAAAAUAAUUUUUGUGCAUUGGAUUUUCACUCAUGCAAAAUUUAUUCACAUGAUUCAAAAAGGGCUCUGACACUACCGUGUACAAAGACCUUAACACUGCUGACCAUGAUCAACCCAGCCUGGAGCAUUUUCCUCAUCGGGACUAAAAUUGGGCUGUUCCUUCAGGUGGCACCUCAAUCAGUUAUGGCUAAAUCCUGCCCAUCUGUGUGCCGCUGUGAUGCAGGUUUCAUUUACUGUAAUGAUCGCUUUCUGACAUCCAUUCCAGCAGGAAUACCAGAGGAUGCUACAACUCUCUACCUUCAGAACAACCAAAUCAAUAACGCUGGAAUUCCUUCAGAUUUGAAAAACUUACUAAAAGUAGAAAGAAUAUACCUAUACCACAACAGUUUAGAUGAAUUUCCUACCAACCUACCAAAGUAUGUAAAAGAGUUACAUUUGCAAGAAAAUAACAUAAGGACUAUCACUUAUGAUUCUCUUUCCAAAAUUCCCUACCUGGAAGAAUUACACUUAGAUGAUAAUUCAGUCUCUGCUGUUAGCAUUGAAGAGGGGGCAUUCCGAGACAGCAACUAUCUUCGACUGCUUUUCCUGUCCCGUAAUCACCUUAGCACAAUCCCCUGGGGUUUGCCUAGGACUAUAGAAGAACUACGCUUGGAUGAUAACCGCAUAUCCACUAUUUCAUCCCCAUCUCUUCAAGGUCUCACUAGCCUAAAACGCCUGGUUUUGGAUGGAAAUCUAUUGAACAACCAUGGUUUAGGUGAUAAAGUUUUUUUCAACCUAGUCAACUUAACAGAACUGUCCCUGGUACGGAAUUCCCUGACUGCUGCACCAGUAAACCUUCCAGGCACAAACCUGAGGAAGCUUUAUCUUCAAGAUAACCACAUCAAUCGGGUGCCCCCAAAUGCUUUUUCUUAUCUAAGGCAGCUGUAUCGACUUGAUAUGUCCAAUAACAACCUAAGUAAUUUACCUCAGGGUAUCUUUGAUGAUUUGGACAAUAUAACCCAACUGAUUCUUCGCAACAAUCCCUGGUAUUGUGGGUGCAAGAUGAAAUGGGUACGUGACUGGUUGCAAUCACUACCUAUGAAGGUCAAUGUGCGUGGGCUUAUGUGCCAAGCCCCUGAAAAAGUUCGGGGGAUGGCGAUUAAGGACCUUAAUGCAGAGCUAUUUGAUUGUAAGGACAGUGCAGUUGUAAGCACCAUUCAGAUAACCACUGCAAUACCCAACACGGUAUAUCCUGCUCAAGGACAGUGGCCAGCUCCAGUGACCAAACAACCAGACAUCAAGAAUCCUAAGCUCACUAAAGAUCAGCGAACCACAGGGAGUCCAGCAAGAAAAACAAUUAUAAUUACUGUGAAAUCUGUCACCUCUGACACAAUUCACAUCUCUUGGAAACUUGUCCUACCUAUGACUGCUUUAAGACUCAGCUGGCUCAAACUGGGCCAUAGCCCAGCAUCUGGAUCUAUAACAGAAACAAUUGUAACAGGAGAACGUAAUGAAUACUUGGUCACAGCCCUAGAGCCUGAUUCGCCCUAUCGAGUCUGCAUGGUUCCCAUGGAAACCAGUAACCUCUACCUAUUUGAUGACACCCGUGUUUGUAUUGAGACUGAAACUGCACCCCUUCGAAUGUACAACCCUACAACCACCCUUAAUAGAGAGCAAGAGAAAGAACCUUACAAAAACCCCAAUUUACCAUUGGCUGCCAUCAUUGGUGGGGCUGUGGCCCUGGUGACCAUUGCCCUUCUUGCUUUAGUGUGCUGGUAUGUUCAUAGGAAUGGAUCACUCUUCUCAAGGAACUGUGCAUACAGCAAAGGGAGAAGAAGAAAGGAUGACUAUGCGGAAGCUGGCACUAAGAAGGACAACUCCAUCCUGGAAAUCAGGGAGACUUCUUUUCAGAUGUUACCAAUAAGCAAUGAGCCAAUCUCAAAGGAGGAAUUUGUAAUACACACCAUAUUUCCUCCUAAUGGAAUGAAUCUGUAUAAAAACAAUCACAGUGAAAGCAGUAGUAACCGAAGCUACAGAGACAGUGGUAUUCCAGACUCAGAUCACUCGCACUCAUGAUGCUGGAGGCCUUGUAGCAGACUGUGUUUCAGUUUUUUUAAACCUAAGGGAAGUGAUGGUAGGAACCCUGUUCUACUGCAAAACACUGGAAAAAAGAGACUGGAAAAAGCAAUGUACUGUACAUUUGCCAUAUAAUUUAUAUUUAAGAACUUUUUAUUAAAAGUUUCAAAUUUCAGGUUACUGCUGCGAUUGAUGUAGUGGAGAUGCCUGAACACAAUUCUA